AUGCAGAAAACGGGUCUGGAGCCAAGGGCCUCGCCUAGCUCAUCCCCCUCACUGCCGCAGGGACCCCUCUCCGGAGCCCCCCCUCUGUCUCCCCGUCCAGGUGGCCAGGUCCUGUCCUUUGGAGAGAAUGAUUGUGGCCAGCUAGGCAUAGUUGGUGAGGAGGAGCCGAUUCAGGAUGAGGAGGACCUGGACUAUGAGGGGCGGCUCCUGCCUACCCUGGUGGCCUUACCUGCAGGUAAGAUCAUUGUGGACGUGGCCGCCGGGGGAGAGGGAGAGGUAUGGACCUGCGGGAACAAUGAUGAGGGGGAGCUAGCGAGGCCCACCGCAGGGGACGUGGACGGCCAUCGGGUGACUUCCACGUCCCUCAACACAUCUGGCCUCGUGGCGGCUGCAGUGUCCUGUGGCGACAGCUUUACAGUCAUCCUCGACACUCGCGGCCGCCUCUUCUGGGCCGGACAGUUGAGGGACAGCAACAGGGUUUACUACAACAUCGGGCCCCGUCUGCAGGAAGUCCCCGGGUGGUGGGCGCCAGUGACCAAGAUCUCGACUGGCGGCAAUCACUUGGCCGUCCUCGUCGGCAACAACAUCGCCUCCUGCGGGGCUCCACACUUUGGGCAGCUGGGACGGAUCAGAGCCCGUCGCGCCCUGAAAAGAUCAUUGAGGGAGACGGCUCUGACCCUUUCCCCCUGGACCACAGCCUCAGACUUUGUCGACGUCUGCUGCGGAGACAACUCCACCAUUGCCAUCACCCCAGCAGGCGAUGUAUAUGGCUGUGGUGCAAACCACCAAUGCCAACUGGCUCUGGAGGGGCCUCAUAUCAUCUGGACCACUACACGGAUUGAGGCCCUGUCCCAGUGCCAGUUGGUACAGGUGGCUAUGGGGGAAACCCACGGUAUUGCCCUUAGUUCUACAGGAUCCGUUCUCUGCUGGGGGGACAGGUGGGAGGCGCAACUUGGCGACAAUAGAGCCUGUGGUACACCGAGCGCCACUCCCCUGACCGUCCACGGCCUGUCAAACGACAUUCGGCAGGUAGCAGCAGGACCCAGGCAGUCGUACUGUUUUACUAGUCAAGGCCAAGGUUUUGCCUGGGGAUCAGGGGCCUCGAACAUGUUGUGCGUUGGCGAAGAAGUACACCAGGAGAAGGCCCCUGUCCCCAUGGUCGGACUGCCCGCCCGACCCAUCCACAAGAUCGCGGGGGGCGGGCAGCACGUCCUCGUCCUGGUGGAUCCUCUUGCUCCCGACUGCUGAGCAAACUCUGAUGCCAGUAAGAGACAAUUUGAUACAUCUUUCAUCAUCACCUUCAUGACUGCUGUGACGAUCUCUGCAGUACCAGCUUCCCUCCCAGGUGGCGCUGAGCAAACUCAGUAAUGUCAUAAUGCUUCCCAUCACGCAGUGUCCAAUCUGAGCCUUCCAGUGUCCAUCUGAGCCUUCCGUCUUGCUCUUGACUGUAAACGGAGUAAACUGCUAGAUUGAAUAAUGAUGCUAAUGAGCAGUAGUAGAUGGUAACAAGUAUUGCAAUCAACCUAAAUAAUUAUUAGAAAUAAUCAUUGUAGUAAACAUCAAUGCUCAGCAAAGAAAUAAAUUGCUUCAAAAUGUAUGACAUUGUCAUGGCUAUUAAUGAGUGAGUGCAAUUAGGGUUAAGAUAAGGAAUAUUUGGUACUGUGGUCAAGAUUGUUUUUGUAGUUGGGCUGAUCAGCUAUGGGACUGAUGGAUGGAUGGGCCGAGAGCAGGCAAAGUAGCAGCAGAAAAGUGGUAGCCCACAGAACUAAGAACAGACAGAAAUACAUAUAGAAAUGUAACUUACUGCAUUAGUGUUGAAGAGUUCAAUACAACUUAAAGUUAAUGUUUUCAAACUAUUUUCUCAAUGCUCUGCAAUAUUCUUCCACUUUCAACUGCAUUCUCCUACUUUCAACUGCAUCCUACUUUCUACUGUAUUCUACCGUAGUCGACAGCAACAAUGUGCAACAGCUAUUUUCUGUGCAACACACUUUUUUUGCACUGCACACUUUGUUUUUUCGU